UAUAGGAAUAUAGGGGUCUAUGCCUGCCCAUGGCCAUGGUGUCUAUAGACUAGUAUAGACAGUAUAGUAUGAGUAUAGGAUAGUUAUAUAUAGUAUAGAUUUAGUCUAAGAUUAUACUGAUACUUAUAUAAAUAUUGUUACAAAUGAACAGUGACAACUAGAGGUCAACCUGUGACCCCAGCGAGAUGACACAGCAGCCAGUGUUCUCUGGAAUCUACGCAUAUAAACAAUGACAGGAUGUGACGUGUCCUCACGUGUUGUUCCAGGGGACAAACAGAUCUAAGAAGGGGGCAGUUACUAAUGAACAGUGACAGAUAGAGAUUUUAGAAGUGACUCCACAAUGAAUGAAAAGGAAAGGCUUUGUGACAGAUGUUUAUUUGUUCCUACACGUGUUUCUGUCAUUUUACUGGCUAUGAUUCAAGGAGGAAUCUUGAAUUAUUUUCUUAUUCAUUAUCAGACACACAACUGGUAUGCUUGGAUUGCAGGAGAUGUUGCAAUAAUAUUCAGCUUUUUUGUUGCAUUUUUCAUCUCUUUUAGAGAGCUCAAAAUCGUUCACAAAGCUAAAAAAUAUGUCAAAAAUCACUUAUUGAUUUCUACAGUAGAAGCCGGCAGUUUUCCCCUUGUUUAUUUUGCUUGGUUGGUGUAUUCUGUGAUUAUGGCUGUCCGGGUUGGCAUUAUUUACAAAUCUUUGGCAUUUCAAGUCCAACAUGAAUUGUUUUUUGAUAGAAACCUCCUCAAAGUUACUGUGGCCUUUUCUGGAUUGGUAUUUUUGCUUUUAGUGGCUUCACACCAUAACUUUGGCCCUGGAACAACUGCUGGCAACCAAAUAAACCUUUUGUCUGCCUUGGUUCCUUUUGACAUCAUAGAUGCAGUUGACAUACUCAGCAUAUUUUUUUUCAAGGAAGAUAGAGAUACUCUUGAGCCAGUUCUGGCAUGGUUCAUCAUCAUUGUUGCUUGUCUGAAUUUGGUGCUUCCCACUGUACCACUCAUGAUGCUAAGCAAGAGUCACUUUGGUGCCCAGCCCAUUACGUCUCAGUUGGAGUAUCUGAACAAACUCAUUCACAUCUUUGUCAUUAAUUUACCUCUGCUGGCUAUUCGCCUGAUUCUGUGGCAGAAGCACAGGAUGGAGAUAUCACCAUUGUUAGUGAAAAAUGUCUUCAUGAUAGUUGUGCUGGGCAUUGAGCUGCAUGAGAAAGAAAAAACACAACAGAAAAAUAUGGAUGAUGUUGCAAGCACUGGCAACAGAGCUGGAAGUCUGAGAAGUAUGGUGGGACAUGAGCCUUUUUCUGCUUGUAAUAAUAACCAUGUUUAAAGGUUCUAUUUAAAAAAAAAUGGAUUGGAAAUCAAACCUAAUUUUUUUUUUGUUUUGUUUACUUUUUUAUUAAAAAUAUUGAUAUUAUUUUAGUGUAUUUAAAUAGUACCUAAGUUCAUGGAAUAAAUGUUGUUGUAAUUUGAUUUAUUAAAUGAAAAAUUUUAUGCUUCAAUGACAUUUAUUAGAAAUUUGAGUCACUAAGAUAAAAAUUCUAUUAGUUGAUCUAUUUUUUUAAAAUUAAGGGAAAAGCCUACACAAGCAUAACAUUUUUAUUUUUUAAUUGCUUUGUUCAAUUUCCCAUUUCUUCAAAUGUCAAUCCAUCAAAAUAAAUAAUGUGGCCUAUAAGAAGCUUACUUAUAGAAACAAUGGAGAUGCAUUUUUUAAAUUUAUUCUAAGCAAUAAUUAAAAGCUUAUCAAAAAGACUGUAUACAAUGGAGGCUAAUGGUAUUUUAUCUUUGCAUGUCCUGUUGAUUUUUUGCCCAGUGCUUUGAAUUCACAACUUUUCCAAACCAAUUAUUUUUAUCAUGCAUUUAAAAAAAUUAUUUAUCCAAAUAUUUGACAAAUUUACUCAUCUGGGAUAAAUUUUUUGUUUUGCUUACAUUUUCAUAAAAUGUUCAUUACUGAUAUCAAUAAAAUUAUUAUGUAAUAUUAACAUUCCAGUAAGACAUUUAAAUCGUAUCAAUAUUCAUUAAAAGUAAACUAAAUAAUGUAUUUUUGCCGAAAUGCUAACUGUUUUUUUAUACAUAUUUUUAAUGCAAUUACCAUAACUAUCCGCUGUGUUAACAUGGCACAACAAUUUUGACUUUUAACAAAGUGUUUAACCCCAUGGAGGAAAAACAUUUACUUCACUUCAAAAAUUAUUACGUUUCUUUUAUCAUAUGGAAACGAAUACUCUUUUUUGUUCUCACAUUAAGCAGUUUUUAUUCCCUUUUGUGGAGUUGUAAGCAUAUUUCAAAUGUAGAAUCUCAUAUUGGAUUCCAUUUUUCUUCUUUUUCACAUUUUAAUUGUAGAAUCUCCUAUUUAACUAAAUUCUUUUUUUUUUAGUAAAGAUUGAGAAACAUGCAGUAAAUAUUUGUAAAUUAUUAUUUUUUCUUGUUGACACAUUUGCCAGUUCUCAGCCACUUUUGUGGACUUGUAAGCACAUUUCAAAUGUUCUAUAUCCUAUUUUAUUAAAUUCUUCUUUUUAUAUCAGGAAAAAUUGUGAAACUGUUACUAUGUUAAGAUUUUACAUUAAUUUUCAUUUUCCCCAUUUUAUUCUUUCCCUCUUUCUGUGCUAAUUAUUUUGAUAGAAAAAAAAAGAGUUUUCCUAAACAAACAAAAUUCUUCAAGGUGGUCAGAGUUACUAAAAUGUAGCUUUUUAUUUCAUUUUAUAAUUUAACAUAUUUUAUUUUAAAAGAAAAUAGGUCUUCACCAGCGCUACCGAAAUUACUCCAUGAGAGUAACCCUGCACAGAAAGAGUUAAAACUUAAUGUAAGCCUUUUAAAAACUGUGCUGUUCCAUUGUAAUAUUAUUAUUUUUAAUUUAAACAAUUUUAAAUAGAAUCUCAAUUUUCAUGUAAUGAAAAUUAUUUGUUACUAUUAUUUGCUCAAACUAUUUUUAUUGUGAUUUCAAAUGGUUUAUCAGCACCGCAAGUGAGUUUUUUUCUUGCUACAAAUUGUAUAUACUGAAUCUUUAAUGUUUAAAGUUUUGCGUUAUUCUUAGUUAUAUUACUUAUUUUAGUCUUUUCAAGAAAAGUGUUGGCUCGUGUAGCUUAGUUACAAUAUUUAUGUUAUCUGAUUGUCUAUUAUUAUGUUUUCAGCUUGCAUUUCACAUUAUUUUUGGCAAUAUGUGCUACUAAUUACACUUUUGUUUCUGUGGAUUUGACAUAGUAAAUUAUUGUUUACUAUUUUGAACAAUGCCUAUUCAUUUUAGAGAUUAUAAUUCUUCCUCUAGAUGUAAGCUGUUUUCUAGUGUAGCUCACAUAAAAUCUGUACUGUGGAAACAAAUAACUUUGAUUUAAGCACUUAUAUUUAUAGUGACAUAAUAUUCACAUCUAGGAUUACUAGGACAUAUUUAAAUACAGUGACAAAAUACACAUUUGACUGAUCUUGAACAUUUUAGGGAAAAAAAUAAAUACAAAUGUAUUUAUUGGACUAAAGCAGUUUUCAAUAAAAAACAAACUUUAAGUUCAUAAAAUGAAGUAAUAAUUUUUAUAAAAUAAGUAACAUAUUAGUAAAUAUUACACAUGUACUAAUUUAGUUAAAAAAAAAAAAAAAAAAGAAGUAUUUAAACUUUCAAAAGUACUGUUUAUUAGCUAGGACAUAGAAAAUGAUGAUUCAUUCAAGCUUUGCUUAUCAAUAUGCUUUGAAUCUAAAAAUCUAAUUACUCAGAAGUAAUUCUAUGUUAACUUCUUUUUCUUGAAAUUAUAAAAUGUCGAACUUUGACCUACCCAAGAAAAAAAAGCACCUUCAUUUAGAGCUCUGUUGGAUUCUCACUUUACCACAUACAUUUUGUGAAAGGGUUAGAGGGUUAGUUUUUUUUUAAUUGCAUAAUUAUUUAUAAAAUAUAUUUAUUUGUUUAAAUAUUGCAUACUUGUUUUGGUGAUAUUAUAAAUAUUAUUGUUGAUGUUAUUGUUAACUGAAAACUUGUUAAAGUACUGGGUAUAAUCAGCCAGGCAAUUGUUAUAAAAUCUUUUGCUUUUUAUUUAAAAAAAAAAACCACAACAUUCCAUAAUAUUUAAUAUACAUUAAAUAUUUUGUACAUAAUUCUUUUUUUUAAUAUUACAAGAUGCUUCAAACUAAAUAAUUAUAUUUUGAACAAAAAAAAAAUUUUUUUUUUUAUGAAUUAAGGAGUUAGCGAUUGGUAGGGUUAUCAGACAACAACAUUCCCAAAGGAGGAUUAAAUGAAGGACAAAAAAUGACAAAGUAAACUGGACAUAUUUAUUUGAUUAAACUUCAUAGUAAGCUGUACUGCAACUUUAUUACAUGUCAUAUUUCUCAGAAGAAAAGACUUUCAGCAGUAGUUCAUCAUUCGCGCUAACAUUUACGUGGAACCCCAUGCAGGCAGGAUAUAUAUUUCAAUAUCCACAAAUAGACAAAGAUAUCUUUUAGAGCCUCACUGUAAUCAACAUUGAUGGAUUGAUGCUGUGUACUAUUUGUCAUUAUCAAGUGCAUUUAUCAUGCCAUUCGUUAUAUAGAGGUUAUAUAAAUACUAAUCAACACAGUGAACAUGCGCCUUGCUGUGAAGCUUUACAUCUUUUCAUCUUUCUAUUUUAAGGGAGUUUUUAUAUUUAAACCAAAAGAUAUUAAGUAUUAAAUUUGAUUAGUAUAUUGUUUGCCAUUAUAGUAAACAGCAGUGAAAAGCCAGACAUUUUGACACUUAGGCUAAUGUGCUGGCUGGCCUGAGGACAUUUCCUCCUUUUUCCGGAUCUCUCUUAACCCUAGCUAUUGAAACUAAAAAAUGUAUCACAUUUCUAAACUUAAAAACAUAGAGGCUAGUUUAACAUGAGUACUAUUUGUAGCCACCAUUUUACAAAGGUGUUAUUAAACGAUAGUGGUCCUGGAGCAUCCAAAAACUUACUAGUGAAAUCUAUCCUACCCUGAUUCAAAGUAGAGACCACAUAGAUAACCAUAUUUCUCCAAUAUAUGUUCCUUUAUUAAUUAGGACUAACAUUAUAACUUUUUUAUUUUUCAUUGUUACCACAAUUAUGGUGAAGUAAUAGUUAAGAUAUAGAAUUGGAAUAACUGGUUGUUUUUUUGUAUAGAUUUUUUUUAAAGUUAAGCAUAUCAUAAAUAAAAAAGUGAAAUAUUUUAGAGUAUGUUUUUUUUUAUUGUUCUAAUAUUUCAAAUUUUUUUAUUUAUAAUCUUUUAAUUUACAGCCAUACUGUGCACAUUUAACAACCUAAACAUGCAUUAGUAAUGUACAUUAUGCUUUAUUGCUUAGAGACAUAUUCAGCACCAAGCUACUGUAGCCAGACAUUAUUGGAAUAAAAAAUGUCUAUGUAAAAAAAUAAAAUUUAAUUUGACAUUUCAAAAGAAAUGUUAGUUGUUUUUUUAUUUUUUUUUAACAUAUAAAUUAAAAAAAAAAUAGUAGUAUAGGACUAUUUUUUUUCUUAUAAUGAUAAUAUUUGUUUAAAAGUUAUAAAUUAAAACAUGAUGAUAUUUUAAAGAAAAUGUUUAAUAUCUCUUCUUUUUUAAUUAUAUUAUUGUUUACAGUAUUAUUUUUAUUAAUAUUAUUAAUUAUUUUAUUUUUAUAUUUUAAAUUUAUAUUUUAAAUGUGUUCUUUUACAUUUCUAUUCUAAAACAUAUGGUAGUGGAUUGUUAAUCCUGCUCACUAUUAAUUGAUUUAUUUUUUUGUAAAAUAAUAAGGGAUCUUUCUUUUUGAAGUAGAAUUCUGUUUCAAUGUAUCUAUUUACCUUCUAGUGAUAUUAAAAAUGUUCUCAUUUAUU